AUGACAGGCUUGAAAUGUAGUGGUGCAUUAGAAGGACCACGAAGGGAAACAAAUAGAUUUAAUUGGGAAUUGCUAAAGGGGCGUAGUCAUAAGUUAAGUGACGUGGUGGAACAGCUCAGAAACACAAGAGAAGAUGCUUCUGAGGAGAGAGUAUGCCUCGCAAUGCUCAUCCUGGUAGAGAGCAUAUUAUUGCGGAAGAGCAAAGGAGGGAGUUUUCCUUUGGAAUAUGCGAAAAAUGCACAGGAUAUGACAUAUCCAUGGGGGAAAGAGGCUUACAUUGUGCUCCUGAAGUCAAUUCAAAACGCUGUCGCGAAUCAUUUGGAGAAUAAAUCCAAAUUUGAGUUGCAAGGUUAUCCUCUAGUAUUCCUUCUUUGGAUACUAGAGUCGAUUCCUUUGCUAAGGAAUAAGUUCAGUAAGUGUGUACCAACAGUUGAGGUUCCUGGGCCGACUUACUUGUGUGAAAAAUACACUGAGGUAGAGAAUCCAUCACUUGAUAGGGUUUUACAGGUUGAAGCUGAUACAAAGCUGAAGGUCCAUUGCAUACUACCUUCUAUUCCUCAUGAUCCAGAAGAUGAUAUCUCCAUUGAAGACAAAUAUAGUGACGAGCUGGAAACACUGAAAGAUGUAACAAAGAAAGGGUACAAGCUUACAGCCGAUGACUGGGAAAAUAGGUGUGUAGACACAUUUGAAACAUUGGAUGCUCUUAUUCAAAUGAUGGCAAAUAAGGAGACUGGCCAAGCUUCUACUCCGAUUGAUGAGGAUUCAGUAAAUGAAAAAGUGAACAGGAUCAUUGAGGUAAUGGAGGAGAAUCUGAAGAGCAUGAAGGAUCGAAUGUCAUUACUGGAAGAAGAAAACAUGCAUCUUAGAGCCUGUGUGUCAGAGUUGGAAGAAAACAACAAUGUUUUUCCCACUAACGUGACACAACAGAAACAGUGGACCACUGGGAACACAAAGCAAACCAACCCAAACGAAAAGAUUUUUAUUUAG